AUGGAUUCAAGUGGAGCUUUACGGCCCCUGGAUGAAUCAUUACUUCGCGAACUUCCCCAACUUUCCCUGCGUAUCGCUCCGCUGCGGGAACCUGUCUCAUCUCGUACGCUCAGCGUUCCAUCUCCCCUGGAGCCAAACGCAAGUGGAUCCCGGGAAUCCCAUACCGUCCCAAAAUCUACAUCGACCAGUGGAAAAUCCACAAACCCGGAAGCGGGUCUGCCAACAGUGACCGAGUUUCUCAAUGCUGCACGAACUAAAAAGGCCGAGUCUGCCACAGACCCUCAGUCAAAUGUGGAGCCACCACCCAAGCCGAUUCUCCCCGCAUUUGUAAACCUGCGUGCACUGGAGCGCUUCCCAUUCUCUUCAUCCUUUGACGACGAUGCCCUCCAUGGCACACGCAAGCGUCGCCGCUUAGACCUACACGAAUCGUUUAGCGAGCACCUGCAGCUCCCCAUCCCACAGGCACAAAAAGAGCAACGUCCUCCUCCCUUUGGCCCUUUUGCUAUUCUGAAUGGAUUGAAUGAACCCCCACCCAAUGCUGCUCUUCUUCCUCCCAUCGAAGCAGGCUCGAUCCCUCAGCUCUUGACGAAACCAUCUCGUGAAGAUGCUGCCGUCGAUCCUGGUAUAGUCUCCGCGAAUGGCACUCUUUCAGAGGGCCAACCUGUAGAGCGGAGAGAAGGGAGGAUUGAGGAGCUUCUCAGUGUGACCCUUGAUGACCAUAAUGAUGAUGUACAUGAUCAUGAAGACGAACGAAUUACUGCACCCGAAAAUCCAAUUAUUAAGUCUGUCGUCCCUGAUGAAAAAGUGCACACCCCGAAUGAGAUAACGUCGACUCCUGCCACGGGCCGUUUGUCUCCCAAAACUCGUGGCAGAUCUCGUAAGAAUGUGAGGAAAUGGACCGAGGAAGAGACCAAUGAUCUCCUCCGGGGUGUGGUGAAGUGCGGCAUUGGUAAUUGGACAGCGAUAUUGGCACAGCCAGAACUCAAAUUCAACAAGCGAACGGCUUCCAACCUGAAAGACCGAUUCCGAGUCUGUUGUCCUUGGGCUUACCGAGCGCCUGAUCCAAAUGAAGCAACGAAGCAAUUACGUGAUAACCUUGCCAAUGAUCUUCUCAAAUCUCGAGCCGAUGCAUCUGACAAAACCUCCGGCAUGAUUCGUGAUUCGAUUCAUACUGCUUCGAUGGUGGGGUCUGCGCCGAGCUCUGGAGCUGGAAGUCCAGUCUCAAUUUCCCAGAAGCCACCAACAUCGAGCAUACCGUCUGUCAAGCCAGACAAGGGUUCCGGAAGCAGUACCCAGAUUCCUCAGCAGUCAUCCUCACCCAAGGACACAGAUGCCUCCAGCAAAUCUCGGACAAACCUCGAAUCUCUUGGCAUUCCAGAGCCGUAUGUUUCCAUGAAAUCGAAACGUCGCUCGCGCCGGCCAUUCACCACCGCAGAAGACGAAGCUCUUUUAAAGGGCUACGCCGUCCAUGGCUUCCAAUGGACUCUGAUACAACAGGACAAAAGACUCAACCUCAGUCACCGCAGAGCCACCGAUCUCCGAGACCGCUUUCGCACGAAAUUUCCGCACGCCUAUCGCGAUGGAGGCUCUGUCAAUGGUAACGCUAUGAAUCCACCAAAGCUGGAAUCUGCCAACAGCGAUCCGGGUCCAGUAUCUCGAGAUCGCCCUAACAGUACUGAGUCUACUCCCACGAAAGCUCCUCCAAUAGUUCAUCGGCGCUCUGAUCCGCAUAUUCAUAGUCGACAGACGUCCAGCGUUUCACACGCCAACGCCGGAACCGGUCCUUUUGAUCCGUCGUUCUUACCGCCUCCACAGGGCUUUCUUGAGUCUUCGGGGAAUGCAAUUGCGUUUUCUUUGGAUGAGAAUUCUGCUGGUGCUGGUCCUUCUUCGCCUUGGGAAGAUAACACGCUUGCUCCUAUGAUUUGGGACGACCUGGGCUGA